AUGGCAUCGUCCAAAGUUCAGACGGUUGAACCCGUCACCUAUCGGCUGAAGGCUGAAGCCCAGCCCGAAGACCUCACCUAUGGUUUUAUCCGAAGCAAGAUUCCCGCGCAUUGCUUCGAACGCUCGGCGACCAAGUCCCUCGCCUAUCUGGGUCGUGAUCUCGUCUAUGCCUCUCUUCUGGUCUACGCGUCCACCUACAUUGAGCUUCUGCCCUCCACAUGGAUGCGUGUCGCUGCGUGGACAGCUUAUACCUUUGUUCAGGGCUGUGUGGGCGUUGGAAUCUGGAUCCUGGGUCAUGAGUGUGGACAUGGUGCCUUCUCCCCUUACCCCAUGCUGAACGAUGUUGUUGGCUGGGCCACUCACUCGCUGCUCAUGGUGCCCUACUUCUCCUGGAAGAUCACCCACGCCCGCCACCACCGCUACCACUGCCACAUUGAGAAGGACACCGUCUUUGUGCCUCCCACCGACGAGUACCUGAAGACCAAGGUGCCUUCCUUGCUCAACAAAGUCCAAGAGCUGUUCGAGGAGACUCCCUUCUACAAUGCUGCCGCUCUGCUGUCCCACCAGCUUCUGGGAUGGCAGACGUAUCUGAUGUUCAAUGUCAGCGCUGGAGCCAAGAGUCUGCCCGAGAAGCCCAACGGCCCCAAGAUGCUCCGUAACAGCCACUUUGACCCCCUGGGCUCGCUGUUCACCGACUCCCAGGCUCAUUUGAUUGCCAUCACCGAUCUUGGUCUGCUGAUUGUGGGUGGCUCGCUGUACUAUCUGGCGACACAGAUGGGCGCAUGGAAGAUUGCUCUGCUUUACGUGGUGCCCUACAUGUGGGUUCACCACUGGCUUGUUGCCAUCACUUACCUGCACCACACUCACCCCACCGUCCCUCACUACGACGCCGAUGCCUGGACCUUCGUCAAGGGCGCUCUGUCCACCGUGGACCGCCGCUUUGGCUUCAUCGGCCGCCACUUCUUCCAUGAGAUCAUCGAUUACCACGUUGUGCACCACUUGUUCCCCAAGAUCCCCUUCUACCAUGCCGAGGAGGCCACCAACGCCAUUGUCCCUUACCUCGGUAACCAGUAUCACCUCGACGAGGGGAUGUUCCUCAAGUCACUGGUGGACACCUUCAACACUUGCAAGGUGGUGUCCGAUGUGAACUCGGAUGGGGUGCUUCACUGGAAGCUUCCUGAGGCGGAGGCCAAGAAGCAGAAUUAG